GGCCCCGCCGCUGCUGCCGUCUCGCCCGCUCCGCCCGGCCCCGGCCCCACGGCAGCCCCCAUGCCCCACCUCGGAGCCAAGGUGUGCCUGCUCCGCUGCUCCCUGCUGUCGUCCCUCCUCCUCCUGCUCCUGCUCCGCAUCCAUGAGACGGAGCAGAACAGCUACUGCCAGCAGAUCAUCACCGAGAGGCACCUGGCCGAGCUGGAGGAGCUGGCUGACACCCAGAUGCAGCACCCGGGCAGAGUCUCCUUCAAGUUCAUUGACAAGAUGCAGUUGAACGACUCCGUCUGCUACGUGAAAGCCGCCUUCCCCCUGAUGGGCAGGAUCCUGGAGCGAACGGAGUUCAAGGAGAACUCGUCCAACGCCCGGAAGAUGCAGACGGUGCGCAGGAUGUACAACAGCAUCGAUGAGAAUGUGGAUCCCUGCAUCAGGGAGGAGGAUGAUGAGGAGAGAACGCUCUCACAGAUGUGCUUCAAGGAGUUCACCACCUCCCCCUACGAGAUGCUGGUGCUGGUGAAGGAUUUCUUCCAAGACAUCAAACGCCUGCUGCAGAACCAGGAGACUUUUGAGAAGGAUUGCAGCCGAGUCUACCGCAGGGCCUGCCCGGGGCCCAGGAAGGCCGGAUCCUCACCAGCUGCCUCGUGCCUCAGUUUCCCCUGGCCAAGCCUUCAGGGAGAGUGUUGCUGCCGGGGUGGAAGAGCCCUGUGCUGCCGUCCGCGCUGCCGCGAGCGCCCGUGCUGUGCUUGCGUGGAGGAGAUGUGUCGCUGUCGUCCUCGUGUCGGAGCUGUGCCAUGUCCUUGUGCCCUGGGGGACGUUAAACGCGGCUGGCUGGCUCCUGCAAGUGUGGGGACAGAUCCUGACUGCAAUUGCCUGUCCCCUGCCCUCCCUUCUGCCACCCAGCCCUCCCUCUCUGCUGCCGCUGGCAGGGACGUGGCACCCGCUAGCACCCGGGUCCCUUCCAGCCUCCUCCAUGCCACCCUCGCUGACUUAGAGGCCCCAUCUCAGCCCCCCAGUAGCACGGACGGGGGCUCAGGGACCGAGGAGGUCCUGGGUGCCGGGGUAGGUGACCCAGCGCUGGCCUUGGCCCCCGGGAUGAAGCGGACGGCUCCAGCCGGCAGCGCCGAAGCCCUCAAGGAUCCGGCCGGGACGCUGAGCCUGGCCCUGGGUGACGUCCCCGUCCUCCGUGGGGACGGAGAGCUGGUGGAGUGGGGCACCGGCCACCUGCCGCAGGAUCCAGGCCAGCAGUGGGGAGGCUCCAUCCUCCCGGAUCAGCCUGGCGGGCUCGGGAUCGCCCCUCGGACAGCAUCGCCCAGCGCCGGCUCGACGGGCGGCGGAGCCAGGAUCCGUCCCGCGGCGGCGGCGGAGCCCGUGACGCAGCUCCGCUUCUCCAGGAUGGCCCCAGAGCUGCGAGCCCCGGGCAGCCCCGGGGACAGGGCGAGGGCGUGGGGCUGGGGGCUGAGCCGGCUGCGGGACCCCGAGGAUGGCGGCGGGGCCGGGCCCAGCUUUGACUCUGGCUUUGUUCUGGGCGCAGAGCAGCGCAGGAAGGAGCCGCCCGUCAGGGAGGGCCGCCAGGAGCCCCUCAUCUACAUUACGGUGGCCAGUGUGGUGGCUGUCCUGCUGGCCACGGGAGGCCUGCUCUUCUACAAGUAUAAAUCCAGGGUCCUGGAGCGGCCGCUGGAAGACGGAGGCUGCGACCCCGAGGAGCCGGAGAGGAGGGCGCUGCAGGGAGCAAGGGAAUGUUCAGAGCUGGAGACUCAGGACCUCUGAGGGCCCCAGGCAGGAUGUGAAGCUGCUCGGGGGACGGAUCCGGAUGGAAGGAGGCUUGGCACGCGCCAGCCUUGCCACGAUCCUACCGUGAUGCUGACACUCCCUCUUCCCUUGCCCCGCGCCGGUGGCCAGAGACGGCAAAAAAACUCCCUGGCAGGGACAAAAGGAUGGGGGGACGUGCCCUGACUGGGACCCCCGGGCACCAGGGAGUGAAGGGCUGGAAGGCGUUGGGACCGUGACCGCGGCUGUGCCGGGACGGCAGCGGCGGCCGCUGCGGCGCUGAGCGGGACGAUGGAGACGCGGGACGACGGAUCCCCGCUGGAACGCGGCCGGCGCUGGAUGGAGACGGAGGGCAUCGGCUCCUCAAAUCCUCUGGCUCUUCUCCCGUCCCAGCAGCCUGGGUUUGGCGCAGCUCCCGUCGCCCCCUUCGCCCUGCCGUUCCUGAGGCUUCAACUGGAGCGUCCUGAAUUCCGGGAGGGCCGGUCCUGAGGCACGCAGCCCUGACUCGCAACUCAAACCCUCACACUGUGAAUAUUUAAAACCCACCCGUGCCCGUGUCCCUGCGUGGGGCUGGCUUUGGGGUGACCCUUGGCACCGUCCCAGUCCCUCCCCAUCCUCCUGUUCUUAGGGUUUCUUGUUUUUUGGGUUUUUUUUUGAAUGGAGUGGAUGAAAGUCUUUAUCCUGCACAAGCGUUCUGGGGGGGCUGCGUGCCCCUGGCAGGGUCCCCGCCGCGAGCUGGCCUCGCUGGGAUUCCAUUUCUUUGGUGACUGCGCUUUGGAGAAGGGAAUGGGGCUGGGAAGGAUGGGAUCCACGUGGCUGUAAGAGCUGGAACUGUCCCAGCUGGGCACCCUGGGGCUUCUUGGCACAGCCCCACUCCCAGGCUUUGGGAAGAGCCCGGUUUGGGACGCACCGGCCCUGGAGAUGCCCCAAAAUCCAACGGCUCCUUCCAGCCCCGGAUCAAGCGUGGCCCGCGCUGCUCUGGGAGUUUCAAGUAAUAUUUUUAUAUGAAGGAUGAAAGUAUGGACAAACACAAGUGUUUUUUAAAAAAGCUUCACUAUUAAUUUGGGGUUUAUAUAUAUAUAUAUAUAUAUAUAAAAAUAUGUGUGUGUAUUUAUGACUGGCAGAAGGAGGGGGUUCCUGGGCGAGGGACUGGUGUAAAUCAGGAUAAAAGCCCUGAUGCAGCAGUAAGUCUGGGGCCAAACUCCUGGUGGUGUAAGUCACCAGUUUACACUGUGGAGGAGCUGCUCCUGGGGGAGAAAACUUGCCUUUACCCAUGUUGGAUUCAUUUUGCCUUUUUGUUGUUGUUGUUGUUGGUUGGUUGGGGGUUUUUUGUUGGUUUUGGGGUGGGUUGUUUGUUUGGGGUUUUUUUUAAUACAAUGAAAUCCUGAAAUAUUUUAUACAAAGGCAUUUAAAAGUCUAUUUAAAGAAAAUAAUGGAAAACAACCUGUAUA